AGUCAGAUAAAUUGGGAAUAAAUACUAACAUAUGAUUGGUCCGUAGCACCAGUACGUAGGCCGAUUGUCGAUUCCAGUCAUACGAUCUGUCAUCAUCCUUCGUACAAUGCGAAAAGGGAAGUUGAAAGUGGGAGAUCGCAGAGCCUUAUGAAAUUUAACGUUACGGUAGCUAGCUUGCUGGGUAAUCGACACACUGAACAGACACUGAAGUGCAACAAAGAUUGUCCUGGAGACACCAUUCACAAUAACUAGCUUCCUCUUUUUGGUAUUUUCUACAGUUAUUCACAGUAUCUCAGCAUCCAGAGGAAGAGACCUGGCAGUGUGACAUGGCAAGUAGAGGCGGAGCUACACGACCCAAUGGGCCAAACGCAGGCAACAAGAUCUGCCAGUUCAAACUUGUGCUUUUAGGAGAGUCAGCUGUGGGGAAGUCGAGUCUCGUACUUCGUUUCGUCAAGGGACAGUUUCACGAAUUCCAAGAGAGCACAAUCGGAGCUGCCUUCCUGACUCAGACAGUAUGUUUGGACGACACAACAGUCAAGUUUGAAAUCUGGGACACAGCUGGUCAGGAGCGCUACCACAGUCUGGCUCCAAUGUACUACAGAGGUGCCCAGGCAGCCAUUGUGGUGUAUGAUAUAACAAAUGAGGAGUCAUUUGUACGGGCAAAGAACUGGGUUAAAGAGCUUCAGAGACAAGCCAGUCCAAAUAUUGUAAUAGCUCUGGCUGGGAACAAGGCUGAUCUCGCAAACAAGAGAGCACUGGACUUCCAGGAUGCACAGUCAUACGCAGAUGAUAACAGCUUGCUUUUUAUGGAAACCUCAGCAAAGACCUCUAUGAACGUGAAUGAGAUAUUCAUGGCCAUUGCAAAGAAGCUACCCAAGAAUGAGCCUCAAGCGGCCGGAGCCAGCAGCGGCCGGAACCGGGGAGUGGACCUGACGGAGACGGCUCAGCCCACCAGCCGUUCCUGCUGCAGUAACUAACCUGGCUCUUCCUGCUCAUCCUUCCCACACACACCCCCAUCCCCCCUCCCAACUGAACAUCUGGACAUCGGGCUCCUUGGCUUCCUGACGUCAGACCUGACCGUCAACCUCCCCCCCCUGGAAUAGCUAAAAGACUCUGUAUAGCUGCAUUUCUAAUACCUAUUUUUUUUUUUUUUUUGAUGUUCUUUUGUUUCUUCUUUUUUUUUUUUUUUUACUUUUUUUAAGAAGUGUAUAUCAGUAUAAUGGAUGCAUGUAUCACUACAACGCCUAAAACACAUUUUUAUCUCUUAUUUAGUUCGAAGACUAACCCCAAUUAAGAAAGAUGAGCAUGCGAGGAACCUGUGAAUGUGUGAUUGUGUUGUAUGUGAAUAUCCGAGUGUGAGUUGCUGAUGAGAAGGUGUAGCCUCAUUUGUCACUUCACAGGGUUGACUGGAUGUGAAUGGUGUUACCUGUAAUGUUCUUUGUGUGUGGGUUAAGUUAUGCUCACAAUCAGAAGAAAACCAAAUUGUUCCCAUCUUGAGACGCCUGGCUUUGCAGACUGUCUGUUGUGAGGCAUCAAUGUAUUUAGACAGUGCCAGGAAAAGGACUGAUGUGCAAACCAAGAAUCCCUCCCUUCCUCACAUCUGUUACACAAGAAGACCUCUUCAUCCAAGGCUCCUAAUGGAAAGUGCGGAAAAUAAAUUUGGUACUGUCUAGUUUUUAAAAUAAUUGGAAAAUGCACACAAAAAAGGCUUUGAGUAUUGAGAAGAAAAACUGCCUUGAUACACAUCUGGCUUCCUAUUAUGCACAACCAUCUGUAGAGCAAUAUGGGCUUGUCACAUUGCAAUACAUCAUAUUGAACAACAAAGUCUUCUUGGUAUGGAAAACGUGUUUUUUUUGUUGUUUUUUUUUGGAAAGUGUGGGAACAUCAGGAACCAACACCUUGAGGUCAACAUGAGGCCCGUUUUUUCUUUUUCCUUUUUUCGGCUUUGCUAUUUAACAAAUGCUUUCAAGUCCAUCGCAGAAGUUACAUUUUGACACUGAUAUGUUUUCACAUGAAAAAGAAAAUCAACAGGGAACUUAAAGACUGUUGUAUGUUAAACUCUUGUCUUUGUCUCUGGCCAGUAGUAAACCUGCAUCAAUUUGGGUGAUCUCAAUCAAAGGGGGGGGGGUGUUUUUAGAAUAGAGUUCAGACCGCACACAAACAAAAAAUUGGUCUACUACCCAUUGUCACUAUAAGUCUGUGGAAAAACAAAUAUACUCUAAUGUUGUUAUAGGGUGCAAUGUUGUCUUCUUCCUCCUUUAGCACAGCUUGCAGAGCUCCUGAGCGCACCAGGAAAUGAUCGAGGGAUUCGGAACAAUUGUACAGUUUAAUAUAGGUCUGUUUUUUUCUUUUCUUUUUUUUUUCUUCAUCCUAGACCUUGUCACAAACUGGUCAAAUGUUAAGCAGUGGUGGUCUUUUUAGGUAAAUGUAGUGUUAUUAACAAAACCCCUCUCUCUUGUCUUGUUACUUUUCUCCAAAAAGGUCCAUGGUCAUGUUUGAAAGGAACUUUUAUUGCAUUGCACAGUGUUGAUCAUGUUUUAAUUAAUGACUGCCCUUCGAUUUUAUAUGACGGACUGUAUUGGACUUGCUAACCUACAGCUAUAAGCAGGUAGCAUAAUUAACCUUACUGGUGGUCUCUCUUACAGCUCAAUGAAUUUUAAUGAUGUGAAACAGCAUUACUAGUGAUGGGCUGAUCAGUUUUGAGUGUCUGAAUACAACUUAAUAAAUUCAAUAAAGAGGUCUCUU